AAGGUAACUGAAAACUUAAUCAUUUAAAAUUCUCUGUAAUGAAUUAACGGAAGAUGGUAUUUGAAUCGAUUUUUGAUUACUUAUCGAUUUAUUAUUACUUAAAUAUGUCUGGCAGCUUAGCUGAGAUGUUAUCAAAAUAGUUAGUCUGGCAACACAGCGGCGAUGUUAUCAAAAUAGUAAACAAAUCAAGAGAUUGUAAACAUUUAAUGGAUCCCACUCUGUUGGAACUGACCAAGCUACUUCCCCGGCUUGUAGAUAUCGAAAAUGUGAUCCAGGAUGAAGUCGAGUCGCGCUAUAUUCUUAAAAGAGCCAUAGAUCACGUAGAGAACCUGCAGUCCAGGAGAGAUUCCUCGGAAGAGGAAACAAGGUACCUUUUGUGUGCGCUGGUGGACAGGAAUAGGGAGCGCAUACACACAGGUCACUUUAGCAGUGUUCCGUUGAGCACAAGAAAGACAUAUGCGAUUGGUUGUUAUUUCAAGAUUUUCUUUCUACUCCUCGAGAGCACGAGUUAUUCUCAAAAAGAGCUCUGCAGUGAGAUCCUGGAUGAGGCCCAACUUCUGGGCUGCAUGGACGACUGGAGUGAACUGAAAACUGCCUUAAUGGAUUACCUUGAUAAGGGAAAAGAAGAGGAUUCCGAAGCACUGCCCGUUCUGGAGCCUUUAGUACGAGUAUCCUGCGCCUGUGAUAUACCCCAACUGGAAGCACCAAGCUUAAAGGAAUUCCAAACGAAGUGCUUUCAAGCCAACCAACCCACACUCCUGCUCAAUACCUUCCAGCAUUGGCCCGCUGUACAUAAGUGGUUGGAUCUCAAUUACCUUCUUCAAGUGGCCGGAAAUCGCACUGUUCCCAUAGAAAUAGGGUCCAAUUAUGCCAGCGAUGAGUGGUCACAGCAGCUGGUAAAAAUCCGCGACUUCCUAAGAAGGCAAUUCGGAAGGAAUAAGGAGAAAGCCAGCCCGGAGAUUGAAUACCUUGCCCAGCACGAACUCUUCUCUCAGAUACCUGCUUUAAAGAAAGAUAUAUCAGUUCCGGACUACUGCUCCAUUAGCGAAGAAGAUCCGCCGGGAUCUGUGGACAUAAAAGCUUGGCUCGGACCAGCGGGAACCAUUUCGCCAAUGCACUACGAUCCAAAACACAACCUAUUAUGUCAGGUUUUCGGUUCCAAAAGUGUUAUAUUAGCUGCCCCUGCAGAUUCAGCAAACCUUUAUCCCCACGAAAGCGAGUUUCUGUGCAAUACUUCGCAAAUAGAUGCCGACCAACUGGAUCUAGAAACCUAUCCCCUACUCGAAAAGGUCAAGUUCUAUAGAUUACUCCUCCAACCAGGUGAGUGUUUGUAUAUGCCCCCCAAAUGGUGGCACUAUGUAAGAUCAGAAGCGCCCAGCUUUUCUGUUAGCUUUUGGUGGGAAUAAUACCCUAAAUAUAUUUAUUUUGGAAUACUAAUAACAACGAGACUUCUUAUUGACCAUUGCUUCAGAACUUCUAGCCAAAAAAAUCUAAACAUAGUGAAAUGGUUGCAAUACUAUAUGCUCAUCUUUCCCCGGAAAUACGUGCAGUAAUAUUUUAUAUUAAUCUAUUGGCGAAAAUAACAAAACCUUACUUUCGAUCUUUAAGCGACCAUUGACCGCCAGCUGGAU